UCAUUAAUGUCUUGUUUUGGUUUGUUUGUUUGGUUAAGAGACUGAACUGUAUAAUGCAUGCUUAAAAAUUACAUUGGCUCAUAUUUUUUUAUUUAGAUAUAAAUAAUAAAAAUAAGCAAUCAGUCGAUCAUGGUCGAGCGGAUUGAUAAGAGGUUGAAAGUUAAAUAAACGUCAAAGUCAUUAUCAUUACGCGAUGUCAGUCAGCAAGCAAAAUAAUUUUGCAAACCUGUCAGUGUAAUGUAAUGAAUUCGAACAAUAUUGAUGUAGUGUGAAAAGUGGAACGAAACAAAUCCAUGAAACAUCAUGAAUCACGACGAGAUAAAAUCUGUGGUACAGGAAAAGUUCUUAUCCAGCGAACGGGUCACAGCUUUCCUGUGUGACGCCAAGGUAUUACAUCCCGAAUGGGUGAAAAAGGAUCGGCUUCUGGCCAUCGUCGAGUUUGGAGAUGAAAAGGCAGUGUUUUGCUUGUUUACGUCAUGUUACCCACCAAAGUCCUUCACGGAUUUAUCCAUAGAAAUAGUACUGCCUAUAGAUAAGAGUUUUAAAUGUGAAAUAGACAACAAACCUUCCGACCCUGAGGCCAUACUGUACCUGAAUCUGCAAUCUCGUAGUAAUAAAUAUAAGUUUGAAAUACAAAUGACUCCCCGCGUCGACAACUUUGUUGAUGACCUUUUUAGAGGCAUAGAAGCUGUGAACAAAGUGCCAACUCAGCCAGAUUUUGUAUGGCUUAAGAAGUACACUGGUAAAAUUGACAAUGAUAUACUGACCCACACCAUGGCGCUACCUGGCGGUGUCCCGCACACACAAAGCUCAGCUCCUGUUGCCAUAAGAGAAAGCCUCAUCAAACACAAAAUGUCUGACAAGGAGUAUGAAUACACUUUUACUAAGAAAUUCUCUAUAUUCUGUGGCACAUGGAAUGUCAAUGACAAAUCUCCUGUGAUUCCUCUCAAGGACUGGCUGAGUGUUGACAGGGAGCCCCCUGAUAUCUAUGCUGUAGGGUUCCAAGAAUUAGAUCUGUCCAAGGAAACAUUUCUGUUUGACCAAACAUUUAGAGAGGAUGAGUGGUAUUCUGCUGUUAUUAAAUAUGUUGAUAAAAGAGCAAAGUAUGUCAAGGUGGAGAAAGUAAGACUUGUAGGCAUGAUGCUAAUAGUUCUCAUUAAAGAGAAACACUUGUCUCAUGUGCGCAAUGUAGUAUGUGAUACUGUGGGUACUGGGAUCAUGGGCAAGAUGGGGAAUAAAGGAGGAGUGUCCAUAAGAUUUGACCUCCACAGCACAUCACUGUGUUUUGUAAACUCCCACUUGGCUGCACAUGUAGAGGAGUUUGAGAGAAGAAACCAAGAUUUCAGAGAUAUCUGCAACAGGACCAGAUUUGUGCAACCCAACCAACUUCCUAAAUCCAUCAAGGAUCAUGAUCAAGUGUACUGGUUAGGAGACCUGAACUACCGCAUUACAGAACUAGAUCCUACCACAGUCAAAAAGCUGUGUAAUGAGAACAGUUUUGCACCAGUAUUGGAGUGGGACCAGUUGAAGCAACAACAUAAACUAAAUAAUGUAUUCUCUGGAUACACAGAAGGCGAAAUAAACUUCAAACCUACAUACAAGUAUGACCCUGGAACAGAUAACUGGGAUUCCAGUGAGAAGAACAGAGCUCCUGCUUGGUGUGACAGAAUAUUCUGGAAAGGAGAAAAUAUUGUACAACUGGGUUACAGAAGUCAUCCAUCAUUGAACAUAAGUGAUCACAAACCAGUAUCAGCUAUAUUCAACUCCUCUAUUAAAAUAAUAGAUGAAGAGAAAUAUAGGAAAGUGUAUGAAGAAGUUAUUAAACAACUGGAUAAAAUGGAAAAUGAGCUGAUUCCCCAAGUGAAAGUUGACAGAACUGAAAUUGAUUUUGAAACUGUAAGGUACUUGGAACUGCAAGUUCGGACAAUCACUAUCAAAAAUGUUGGUAAGCUUCCUGUAGAGUUCGAGUUCAUCAAGAAACUGGAUGAAACUAGCUUCUGCAAGGAAUGGCUCAUAGUUGAACCAUACAAGAAAUGUAUUUGUGCUGAAGAAACAUGUGAAAUCCAACUUAAGGUCCUAAUAAACAAAACAUCUGCUUGCAAGAUGAAUGCAGGAACAGACAAACUGUAUGAUAUUCUUGUACUGCAUUUGUAUGGAGGCAAAGAUAUUUUCAUAACCAUUAAUGGCACAUACCAAAGAAGUUGUUUUGGAUGUUCUAUAGAGGUUUUAGUGAACCUCAAUAUGCCGAUAAAAGAGGUACCUGUAGGAAAAUUAAUUGAGCUUGAAAAUAAAAGGGAUUCAUGUGUAGCCAACCAGUGCACAUACUCUAUCCCCAAAGAGAUUUGGUUCCUGGUUGAUCACAUUUACCUACAUGGUUUGAAAGAACCCAACUUGUUUGAGCAACCAGGAUUUCAUUCUGAAGUGUUACAGAUUCGUGACUGGCUGGACAGUGGCUCCAUAGACCCAAUACCUGGGAGUAUCCACUCAGUGGCUGAAGCAUUAUUGUUACUGCUCGAGAGUACUGCUGAUCCAAUCAUUCCUUACAAUCUUCAGUCAGUAUGUUUGAGGGCAUCCGCCAAUUACUUGCAAUGCAAACAAAUUAUAAUGGAGCUUCCAGAAUUUAGAAAGAAUGUUUUCUUAUAUUUGUGUGAGUUCUUACAAGAAGCUUUGCAGCACAGUGCUGAAAAUGGUCUUGACUCGAAAACUCUAUCGACGUUAUUUGGCGCCAUUUUCCUCAGGGAUAAUCCGAACCAAACACAGGAACCACAGUCAAGGAUAAAUAGACAAGUGAUAGAUAAGAAAAAGGCACAGUUUGUAUACCACUUUUUGGUUAAUGACCAUAGUGAUUUAAUAUUUUCUAGAUAAAUAAAUUAAUUGUUGCAUCAUUGUAAAACUCUAGUGGGAAAAUAGAACACUAUUAAUGCAGCAAUAAUUCCAUCAAUGCAUUUUGCCCCAUCAAAUUGUUCUGUUUUUCCAUUGCUGUUUAGUACGCGUGUCGUACGCAUUAUAUUUAUUAGUAUAAUACUCACAUAUUUCCAUUAGUAACCCUAGGAAAUAAAUUAAUAAUAACAUAAUUAUGAGACUGCUUUGUUGCAAACUCUUAUUGGAUUCUUUUUUAUGUUAUGGAAUUGUAGCCUGAAUGGAAAUGGCUCACACUAUGUAACGUGCAGUAUGCCCAUCACGUGUAACAAUCACGAUAUUAUAAUUAUAUUAUAUCUACGUAAAAAGUCUCGAAGUUAUACAUUUUACGCUUAUUCCUUAUAGUUAAUGUGAAUCUUCGUUCGCAUUUAUCCAUGUAAUGUUUCGGCCCAUUGUUUUCUGCUAAUUCCAUUUGUAAUCGACGGUUCGUGCUAAAUGACGUAGUCAGUUACGUUACAUCAUGUGACAAAAUUAACUUUUGUGCAUUUUCAUACUUUGUAUAAUAAUGUUGUUAAUUGUUUCCAGAUUUUAUUUAUAGUAAAUUGGGGGAUAUGGUAGGUCCGAAAUUGCACUUUAUAAUCUAUCUAUAUGUCAUUAAUAUUUUCUCAUUAUCUCGUUAUAAACUUGGCGACAAUAACACGCCAAAUGCAGCAGAGGCGCCGUUGUGUCUGACUGCCAUAGACUUUAUCUAAUUAACAAUGAUAAGUUGGGCAGAGUUGCGUGGGCGACAUCCCCUGGUACUUAGUCGGUUUAAGCUCUCUCACAAGGCCAUUCGUUACUGUAUUUUCUUGGAGACUUGAUUUAAGAAUAUUUCUGUAUAAUUUAUGACCCCAAUAAAAUCAACGGUCACCAAAAUCUUAAUUACUUAUUAAUCGAUGUAAACAGAGGAAAAUAUGCCAAAAUAUUCAUUCGAUAAGGUAAAAAUAGGUACUAUAUUUUAUUUUUAAAACUUUAAGUUUACCGUAAACGAUGUAUUAUAAUUAUUAUGUUUAAUUAUAAUGGAUUUAAUUCGCAUUAAAGUUCUACGAAAAAUACGAAGGCUCUUAGACUACCGAGCCUUUAAUAACGCUAAUUGGCUAGUUUCCUAGAUUUAAAAUAAAUUGUUUCAACUUUUGAAUGCAAUAAAUAAUUAAAAA